AUGUUCGAGAAAAAGUUCAACAUUGAAGUACAAACUUUACAGCCUUUACGUGAGUUUCUUGCACAACUGAAAGAAGAAGGUAGUCAGCCACAACUUAUAGACUUUCAUUAUGAAUUUAAUGAAAAUGAAGAUGGAACACAUGACUGUCAGUUUGUUGUAUUCUCACCAUUCAAUGAAGUCGCUAAAGAGAAAGAAAAUCCAUUACGUAUAAGAUUUCAAAUCUCUGAACCAAGUGAUGAUUUCAAGAAUGUUUUCAAUUAUGAUGCAAUGCUUCCGAGGAAAAAUGAAUUUUCAAAGAUUGUAACACCUGGCAUUUGGGAUAGAAAGCAAGCUAUAUUAUAUUCAAACUUAAGUAAGGGAGUUGAAAAUGAGUUCAUUGGUCAUACAAGAACUUCACCACUUCCUAACCCUAAAUACUAUAAAUUAACUGGCUUCAAUCGUGAGUUUUGGAUAGACAUGUUCUCCACUCAUGACCAUAACUGCCCAGUGUUCUUACCUCCAGACCAUAAGGACUGUCUCUACAUUGAAGCACAACUCUUAAACUCUACCAUCGCAGUAUUGUAA